ACAGACACUCUCUGCACUCUGCACACCAACGAAUCAACGGUGAUUUCCACACAGAUUCUGUCUCCGGACCGAACACAAGGAGCUGCUCCUGGAAAAAAAGCAUCGAAGACUACAUACACGUCAGCUGGACUUCUCCGGUUCGCCCAUUAUUGCCUAUUGUCGCGUGGUCAUCAUCAUCACUAGACCGAUAUCGGACGGAAGCGAAACCUUACGUGUACAUACGUUGUCCAGCAGUAGUACCAUCGCGCGGAGAGAAAGGUGUGCCCUCUGGAUGUCGCAGCGAAGAUACUACGAGCAGGUAUGAACGCCACGGCCGGCGACGGCCUUGAAGCGGGCAGCUUGCCACCUUUUCACACGGAGGGAGAACCCGACCACCACCACCGCUAUCCCGGCUCAGAAGCAAUGAGGACAAUGACAGUCAACAAGAUUUCCACCUUGCAGGCGCUUACGAUCUCUGGUCUGGAGCUCGCGCUCACCUUGGGCAACGCCCUGAAAAAGGAAGCGUUUCAAUUCAGCUCCGGCUCGGACCUGAUAUUCGGCGGCUCUGCCCUGAUGGAGGCCGUUGGGUUCCUGUUCGCGAUCUGGAUGGCGCUCAUCGCUUUGUUUCGCCCGCCGUCAGCCGAUGAUGCCGUGGGAUCUGGGAUCCCGGUCAUGGUCCUGUGGGAAGGGAUCUCGACGGGUUCGACGGAGAUGAUCUCAACGGCUCUCCACCGCGGGAUCUGGGCCCAGACGGUCGUCUUCCUGGUUACCCUGAUUGCCUGCUGGAGCGCCUCCCCCGGCACGCGACCCGACUGGGCGUUCGAGAAUUCCACGGGGCAGGCCGUGGGGCUAGUGCUUAUCUUGUCCUGGGUGGCGUUCUGCGCGCUGGCGAUCUGGACCGUUCGCGGCGGCCUGAGCAUCGUCAUCCUCCUCCAUCUCGGCAUUACACCGCUCGGGGUGGAGGUGUUUGAGAGCGUGCUGCUGUUCACGAGCUCCUCCUCGACGUUCAUCACGUACGUCCUGGCGGUCCUGAACCUGGUCAUCGUCGCCCCCGCGCUGGUGUUGGUACCCGUGUACUUUCGGUUUCUGCGAGAUGAGGAGAGGAGAAGACGUGCCCCUUUGUGAGCCUGGACGGCAAAAGGAGAAGGCUGUUUUUUUUUUCAAGUGAAGAAUUGGGAUGUUAGAGCGCAAGCCCUGUCCAGGUUCUGAAGCCGUUAAGGCCCAACUCACCCCUAUCCCGCGAAAGCUGUUCAUGAGCAUUGCAUCGGCAUGCUCGUUCCGCACGCACCUGUUGGCGGAACGUGCUCCUCGCGCGUUUGGUUGUUCUUGGUUCCGGUGCAAAAUCGUUCAAGAGGACGACGUGCUCGAAACGCUGCGUGCAGUCAACUGUGCACCUAAGGCACCAGUCUUGCGCUUCACGCCCCAUCUGAACGCCCUCAGGUGUACGUCUGGCUAGGUGUCUUGGGGAUGGUGCGAACUGGUGUUUCCUUGGUUGUUGUUGUGAUGUUGGUGUUGGUGUUGCUGAUGGUGAUGCUGCUGCUGUUUUCUUCACACAAUGAGUGGGAACCUCUUUCCUGUACCUCCUGAGCCGCUCCUUCUACACAGGCUUAAGAAAUCAGGAAACCGGGAGACCCAGCAAAUAGUUCCCCCCCACUCGACAUUGAUAGAAAUUACGUGUGCAUAUGUAAGCUGUUUUCAGUUUCUUUCAUUUUACCUGGGGCGUUGUGUUAAAUAUUGUGAAUGGCACGAUUUAACGACAAAGCCGAACGCCGCGCAUAGAAGCACGCUGAAGCGAUACGUCCGCUCCAAGCCCGCCCCUCCGACGGCGGGAGCACCCUGGAAGAAACUGCCAUUGACGCUUGGUUGAUGCGCACACUCUUGAGUUUCAUUUGGU